AUGACAGACGUAGAUCGGCAAAUAGAGAUAACAGAUAUAGAUCUGCAAAUAGAGAUGAUAGAUAUGGAUCGUUACAGUAUGACGAGGGAUAUUCCUCGUGUGGAAGACGAGGAACAUCAGUCCCAACCGACUCAUGUUUCAGAAACCGCUCGACACGAAGAGCAGCAGCCCGAAGACAAGAAAGAAGAGUCCGAGGACCCUGUAGGCCCCUUCACAGAGGAAGUAAUGAACUUCGAACUGGCGAAGAGGUUCACUCUGCCAUUGACCCUCACGCCUUAUGAUGGACUCGGAGACCCGAGGAAGUUCCUAAAGAAAUUCCGAUCAAUAAUGAUCGUCAAUGGUGCAUCAGAUACAGUUUUAUGUCGAUGCUUUCCGAAUUAUUUAGACGGUCCUUCACUUGAUUGGUUGUGUGCUUUGCCUGCAGGUUCCAUUUCACGUUUUCACCAACUGGCGAAGUUAUUUGAAGAACAUUUCGCCGGAUCUGCAAUAUACUUGCACGAUUUCGAUUACUUGAACACUAUCAAGCAAGGACCAAACGAAAGCUUAAAGGACUAUAUGACUCGCUUUACCAAGGUCGCAAUCAGCAUACCAGAUCUCCACCCCGAGGUCCAUAUGCACGCAAUUAAAAGCGGCCUCCGACCCGGGAAGUUUCAGGAGACGAUCGCAGUAGCAAAACCGAAGACUCUAGAAGAAUUUCGAGAGAAAGCAAAAGGACAAAUUGACAUCGAGGAGCUCAGACAAGCUCGGAAGUCUGACAAGUCAAACUUCCGUGAAGAAGAUAAGAGCUCAACCACUAAGAAAAGUUUUAAACUAACACCUCGAUUUGAUUCUUAUACGCAGUUUAACACUAAGAGGGAAGACAUAAUCAAGGAGAUCUUGAACUCCAAACUAAUUAAGCCGCCAAGAAAGGCCGGCACAUACCAAGAUGCAAAGAACGUGGACAAGUCAAAGUACUGCGCUUUCCACCAGAAACACGGCCACAAUACUGAUGAUUGUGUGGUCGCCAAAGAUCUUUUAGAACGACUUGCAAGACAAGGACACCUAGACAAAUAUAUUGGUGGUCACAUCUAA